AUCUCUGCUUCUGGUUAAGCAGGCACAUUCUUUACUCUUAUGUUUGUUUCCAAGACUUUCGCUUUCGUCGCACUUGCUGCCGCUACUAACGCGGCUGCCAUCAACAAGACAUGCUCCGUCUCGUCUCGCAAGACCGGUACCCAGGCUGAUGGCGCCUCGGGCCAGCUCCCCUUCACAAAGAUGGUAGCCUUUGGAGACAACCUCUCCGACAAUGGUAAUGGUAGCAGUGCACACAACGUUGCCGGCAACCCUGAAUCCAUUUACGGCUUCAACACCUGGACCAACGGCCCAGUCGCCGUCUCCUACCUCAGCAACCAGCUCGGCUACGAGCCCACCUUCACCGACUACGCUUUCGGCCAUGCCGCGGGCGGAUCCAAGUUCGGCGCCACCGUCGACAACAACUUCACGCAGUCCGAUGCAGAUGCGCCGUCCGCCAAGGACCAAAUCGCCACCUACCUUGGCCUGGCCGACACUCAAGCCUCCAUUGCGCAGACGUUGCAUUUCCUAUGGAUCGGUAACAACGAUGUCCUCCCCUUCAUCCACAUCAACCUCGGUGGAGACAACACCCAAUUCGCCAGCGACCUCGCCUCCCUAAUCGCCGACCAAGUCCAAACCCUCGUCGACGCCGGCGCCACCACCGUCUUCGUCCCCAGCGUCUACCCGCGGCACGUCGCCCCCGUCGUCAACGCCUACUUCACCAACUCCACCUCGGACGUGACCAACUACGGCGAGGCCAUCCAGCAGGUCAACACCAACCUCGCGACAAACCUCCAGAAGUUCGGCGACAAAGCGAUCUACUACGACGCCUACGGGUUCUUGAUGAACCUGUGGCAGAACCCGCUCUCCCAGAACUUCACGCACACCGCGCAGUUUGCAGAUUUCUGUGACGGGUGCAAUGUGGAAGCGGAGCCCGGGAUCAGCAACUGGGACCUGUGCAUGCAGCAGGGCCAGGCUAACACGUUCUAUUGGAUGCAGUUCCUCGACCCGACGACCAAGGUGCACCAGUUGUUGGCGGCGGAUAUGGAGAACGCGAUUAGGAGCCAUUUUGGGAACUGAGCGGAAUCUGAGAGAAUAACUAGGCGAGGGUGAGUGUGCGAGAGAGACCGUAUUGGCGUGCAGAUCCGCUUUUGAGACUGUAUUCGUUCGUACAUUUUUGAAUUAUUGAUGUGUCCUGGUGUCCAUCUACAUUGUAUGUCAUUAAGGGUUUGCUUUCUUCCGUCUCUGUGUUUAUGACGCUUGGAGUGAAGUUCCGAUAGAAAC